AUAAGAUUAUGAUUGUGAGCAAAAUUGAGAACCAACAGGGUGUUGCCAACUUGGACGAGAUUUUGGAGGUGUCCGAUGGAAUCAUGGUUGCCCGUGGAGACUUGGGCAUUGAAAUUCCCCCGGAGAAGGUUUUCGUAGCUCAGAAGAUGAUGUUGGCCAAGUGCAAUGUCGUGGGGAAGCCGGUGAUUUGCGCCACCCAGAUGCUUGAGUCCAUGGUGAAGAAGCCGCGUCCGACUCGUGCCGAGGUGUCGGACGUGGCCAAUGCUAUUUUGGAUGGCGCCGAUUGUGUGAUGUUGAGCGGAGAGACGGCCAAGGGCGACUAUCCAGUCGCUUGCGUGCAGACCAUGGUGAAUAUC